AUGCUGUACCUCGUGGGACUCGGCCUGGCCGAUGAGACCGACAUCACCGUCCGCGGCCUCGAGGUCGUCAAGAAGGCCGAGCGCGUCUACCUCGAAGCAUACACCAGCAUCCUGCUCGUCGACAAGGAGAAACUAGAAGCUUUCUAUGGACGGCCUGUGAUCGAGGCCGACCGCGAGAAGGUCGAGAGCGCGAGCGAUGAGAUCCUCGCCGGCGCCGACAAGGCCGACGUCGCCUUCCUGGUCGUGGGCGAUCCCUUCGGCGCCACCACACACACCGACCUCGUCCUCCGCGCCCGUGAACUCGGCAUCGAAUCCAAGGUCAUCCCCAACGCCUCCAUCAUGUCCGGCAUCGGCUGCACGGGGCUGCAGCUGUACAACUUCGGACAGACGGUCAGCAUGGUCUUCUUCACCGAGACCUGGAAGCCCUCGUCGUACUACGACCGCGUCAAGGAGAACGCCGGGCUGGGCCUCCACACCCUGGUGCUGCUGGAUAUCAAGGUCAAGGAGCAGUCGCUGGAGAACAUGGCGCGCGGCCGCCGGGUCUACGAGCCCCCGCGCUACAUGACGGUCGCGCAGUGCGCCGGCCAGAUGCUGGAGACGGAGGAGGAGCGACAGGAGGCCGUCUUCGGGCCGGACAGUCUGGCCGUGGGUGCGGCGCGGGUCGGCGCUGCGGACCAGAAGCUGGUCGCGGGAACCCUGAAGGAGCUGGCGGAGGUGGAGAUGGGACGUCCCCUGCACAGUCUGGUGUUGCUGGGCAAGCGGGCGCACGAUCUGGAGAAGGACUACAUCCGGCAGUUUGCUGUCGACCCGGCCACCUUCGAUGCCGCGUGGCAGAAGGGCGAGUACGGCACCAUGUAAGCCGGCGGGGGAACGCCCCGAGAUGAGAUCAAAUGAGAUGGAUUCAUCACGCCAAUGAAACUGCUAAUGAUCCACACGAUGACACCAAACCAGCUUGAUGAGUUCAUCCAAAGUUGACGUUUACCGUUAACCAACCAACCAACCAUCCAUCCAUCUAUCACGCCGUCCUCCUCCCAAAAAGCCUCGUAAACCGUUCCGGAAGUCGCAUCUAAACCACAUUAGCCAUCUCCCACCAACAAACAAACAAGCAAAGCACAAUCAUAAAAAAAAAACCCCUACCGUAGCAGAAGAAGGCGUCGCCGGCGGCGUCUGCGUCUGAUCACUCGCAU